UGGUGGCUCAGCGUCACCUGUUCAGAAUGAAGCAGAGGAAGGGCAUUACACUUCGAAAGGGGCAGCCAGGGCAGAACCAUGUCCUCUUGGUUAUUUUCAGCCGCGUCGGGGUGCACAGUCAUGUUUGGAGUGUCAGGGAGGCAGAUUGUGUAACCACACAGGCUUGUCCCAGCCACCUCUGUGUCCCACAGGACACUACUGUCCUCUAAGAUCCUCUGUUGCUCACCCAUGUCCUUCAGGCUCUUACUCUGACCAGCCUGGUGGUGAUGCUGUGCAGCAUUGCCGGUCAUGUGACGCAGGCUUGUUCUGUGGCAGAAGUGGUCUUUCUGAACCUCAGGGUCUCUGUGACCCAGGACACUACUGCACCUCUGGAGCUUCCACUGCCUCACCAGUGGCUGUGGCGUCUGGCGGUGUCUGUCCUGCAGGCUACAUCUGUCCACAAGGAACCAAGUACCCACAGCAGCACCCAUGUCCUGUGGGAACCUGGAGUAACACAGUGGGAGCCCAAACCUGGUCCUCUUGUUUACCCUGCCCCCCAGGACUCUACUGUAACAGUACUGGACUCAGCCAGCCUUCUGGAAUUUGUGAUAUAGGAUAUUAUUGUUCUGGAGGGGCAGUGGUUUCAGCGCCCUCUGAUGGUGUGACAGGUGACAUUUGUCCACUUGGACAUUAUUGUCCAAUGGGCGCAGCAUCUCCUCUUCUCUGCCCUGAUGGGACUUACUCAAACACAACAGGGGCAGAAAUGUGCGAAGACUGCCCCUCAGGAACAUACUGUCUAUCUGGAGAAGGUGUCCAGCCGUGCCCAGCAGGACACUAUUGUCUUGGUGGUGGUGUUGAAGGUAUACUACCCUGCCCACCUGGUACAUACAGUCCUCAGUUUGGUCUCAGUCAAGUGGAGCAGUGCCUCCUUUGUCCAGCAGGCUUCUAUUGUGAGGAUUGGGGCCUGUUUGAACCCUCUGGGCCUUGUCAGGCCGGUUACUACUGCAUAGCUGGCGUGAACUUUCAGAACCCCGAUGGCAACUUCAGCACAGGAGUAGGAGGAGCAUGCCCGAAGGGAAGUUACUGUCCCGAGGGCACCAGUCUGCCUAUGCCUUGUCCACCAGGGACCUACUCUACUAGUCUUCAUCUGGUGGACACCUCUGGCUGUAGUCCAUGUCCAGCGGGUCAGUUCUGUGGCACUGCAGGUCUCACUCGUCCAUCUGGUCCGUGUCAGACUGGAUUCUACUGUCCAGGGGGAGACACAACAAGCACAGGCGCAAAAGGAGGGCUUUGCCCAACUGCUCAUUACUGCCCUGAGGGUAAUGCUAGCCCAUUGCCCUGCCCUGCUGGAACUUACAACAACCUCACAGGCCAGUCAGUGUGUUCCCGCUGCCCUGCUGGAUACUACUGUCCAGAAAGGACCGCCAAUUUUACCAAGUUUCCCUGUCCACCUGGAUUCUACUGCCCUGACGGAACUAAGCAUGCCACCCAGUUUCCCUGUCCACGUGGAUAUUACAACCCAGAGCCCAUGACGCAGAGUCUGGACAGCUGCCUGCCUUGUCCUCCAGGACACUACUGUGAGAAGGAAAGGCUGACCAAAGUGUCUGGAAAAUGCAAAGCUGGUUGGUUCUGUGUCUCUGCAGCGUGGAACUCCCAGCCCUUUGACCUUGACAAUUAUACAAAUGCCAACUGUCUUUGUCCAGCUACAUCCACAGGGGGGCGCUGCCAGGCAGGAUUUUAUUGCCCCUUAGGCAGCUCAGAGCCCCUACCUUGCCCACCUGGAACCUUCUGUAAUGUCUCAGGUUUAGCUCUGCCAAUGGGCCCCUGCUCUCCUGGGUAUUAUUGUGUAGGAGGAGCCACUGAGGCCAGACCAACAGAUGGAGAAACAGGCAACAUCUGUCCACCUGGGACAUACUGUGUUGAGGGAUCUGGAGAGCCAGAGUUUUGUCCUGCUGGUACUUUUUCCCCAGUGUCAGGCCUGACCAGUGUGAAGGGCUGCCAGCCUUGUACAUCAGGCUUCUUCUGCAGAACAACAGGCCUCAGGGCUCCAACUGGACUCUGCAGCGAGGGAUACUGGUGUCCUCCUGGUCAGACUGUGGCUAUGGCUCUGCCAUGUCCUCCUGGUCACUUCUGCUUAGAGGGUAGUUCAUCCCCAGAGCCCUGCCCAACAGGAACCUAUCAGGAUAGAGACAAACAGGCAUCCUGUGCUAUCUGUGAGGCAGGUUACUACUGUGAUUCAAGAUUGGGUGCAGCUAAUAUGUCCUUGCUGAGGCCCUGCCCUAAGGGACAUUACUGUCCUCCAGGUACAGCUCUGCCCAACCAAUACCCUUGCCCCAUAGGCUCCUUUAACCCAAGAGAGCAUACAGACAGCCCAGCAGGCUGCAUGCCUUGUGCAUCUGGACGUUACUGUCCUUCUGUUGGACUGUCAGAGCCAGCAGGACCAUGCCAUGCUGGUUAUUGGUGCAGAAAGGGUGCCUCCUCUCCCAGGCCACUGGAUGGACUCUCAGGUUCCCUGUGUCCACCUGGUCACUACUGCCCCUCAGGCACCACAGGUCCUGAAGCGUGCCCUGAAGGGAGCUGGUCAAACAGCUCAGGACUGCGUAGCCAGGAGGAUUGCAAACCCUGUCCUGGGGGGUUUUAUUGCAACUCUGCUGGCCUUACAAAACCCAGUGGGUCCUGUCGUGCAGGAUAUUACUGCAUAGAGGGAGCUGUCACAUCUACUCCCACUGAUGGAAAUACAGGGGCACCCUGUCCUGAGGGUUACUACUGCCCUGAGGGAACUGUUCAACCUGUGCCCUGUGAACCAGGGACAUAUGUGGCUGUUACACAUGCUACUCAGUGUGAACCUUGUCUGCCAGGCUGGUAUUGUGUGUCUGGCUCUUUGUACCUUUGUCCUGCAGGCUUUUACUGCCCCCAAGGAACUGGAUUUGACUUGAGAAGCUGUCCAGAGGGAACUUAUGGUCCUGACCCCGGCUAUGCGUCUGUCUCGCAGUGCAGGCAGUGUGACGCCGGCCAUUACUGCUCUUCCAGAAAUGGCACAGCUGUCACUGGGGUGUGUCAGAAAGGAUAUUACUGCUCAUAUGGAAACAUCUCUCCACAGCCUUUCUCAGUGGCUGCAGGAGAAGGAGGGCCAUGUCCUGCUGGUCAUUACUGUCCCCAGGCCACGGUUAAGCCUCUGCCGUGUCCACGAGGAACAUUUUCUAACCAGACCACAUUAGUCUCAGAGGAGGACUGUCAGCCAUGUCUCCCAGGUUACUACUGUGAUGCUGCGGGGCUCUCGGCACCUUCAGGAAAAUGCUGGCAAGGUUUCUUCUGCUCUGGGGGUGCAGAGCGUCCUGAACCUCCUUUGAGAGACAGCCACGGAGGGCCGUGCCCAAAAGGUUAUUACUGCUCUGAGGGCUCUGUGGCUCCUCAGCACUGCCCCUUGGGAACCAUCAGCACAGAAGAUGGCCAAGCCAGCUGCAGUGCCUGUCCUCAGGGCUUUUAUUGUCCUGGCACAAUUAAUGGCUCUCUGUCAGAGAGUUAUGAGUGUCCAGUGGGUCAUUACUGUCCAUCUGGGACCUGGGCCAAACACCAGUACCCCUGUCCAGUUGGAACUAUCAAUCCCCACACACAGAUGGCAAAACCACAGGACUGUCAUCCCUGCCCUCCAGGCUUUUUCUGUGCACAUCCUGGGAAAGGUGCUCCAUCAGGUCAGUGUGGCGCAGGGUAUUACUGUGUCUCUGGGGCCUGGUCACCCACACCGGAGGAUGGUGGGGUCACAGGUGACAGAUGUCCGAAAGGUCAUUACUGUGCCCAGGGCUCAUCAGCACCAGUUCCCUGUCCAACAGGUCAUUACAGCAACCAAACCAGAAACAGUCAUCUUAGUGACUGCCUGCAUUGUCCUCCAGGUUUCAUGUGUGACACCAGAGGGCUCUCUUUCCCUUCUCAUAUGUGCCCAGCUGGCUCUUAUUGUCCAGGUGGAAAAAACAAUUCAAAAACCUGCUCACCUGGAAGCAAAUGCCCACCUGGUUCUGAUAGACAGGUACCCUGCUUGCCAGGGACCUACCAAAAUUUACCAGGACAGCCAGACUGUGUUAAGUGUCCAGCAGGAUUUUACUGUGCUGGCUUAGUGGAUGUUGACACUGGGCAUGUGUCAGGGACUCACACUCCCAUGCUGUGUCCUAAAGGACAUUACUGCCCAUCAGGAACGCAGGAUGGUGUAGCAUUCCCGUGCCCAGCUGGCACGUUCAGCAGGCAGAUGGGGUUGUCCAAUAAGUCAGACUGUGAGCUCUGCCCUCCAGGGAGAUACUGCAGUUCCUCUGGAUUGGCUGCUCCUACUGGGGUCUGCUCUGCUGGUUACCUGUGUAUCCAGGGUUCUGUUUCUCCCCAACCAGAGGAUGACCCAACAGGAGGCCACUGCUCUGCAGGGUCCUACUGCCCACAGGGUACCAGCUACAUGAUUCCCUGCCCUGCAGGCACUUUCAGCUCCAUAGAAGGGGCAGUUUCUUUGGAAGCAUGUCAGCCUUGUUUGCCUGGCCACUUCUGUGCCAAGGAUGGCCUCUCCUUCCCAUCUGGGCUUUGUAACCCCGGCUUCUACUGCAGAGAAGGAUCCAGAUCUGCCACGCCUUGGGGUAAUACCACAGGUCUAUUGUCUCAGUUACAGGAGAUAUCCUAUCUCCAUCCCCACUUCCCGGUGAAUCAACCCUGGGUCAGUUCCAUGGAGAUGUGUGUCCUGAAGGCUACUAUUGUCCUAGAGGGAGUGCAAAGCCCAGCCCAUGUCCUCCAGGCACCUUCUCUGCGAGGUCUGCGGCUGAGUCCGAGGCGGACUGUGAAGCUUGUUACCCAGGCUCUUACUGCCCUUCAUGGGCUCAGACUUCUGCCGACCUCCUCUGUCCCCCUGGGUGGUUCUGUCCAGCAGGAUCAGCGUCUGGACAUCAGCCAGGUCACCAGUGCCCACCUGGCUAUGCGUGCCCACGUGGUAGCGCGGAGCCGACUGGCUGUACUCCUGGCACGUUUCAGUCCUCGCCUGGACAGCCGGCUUGUAACAGCUGCCCAGCGGGUAAUGCAAAAAUGA